AUGCCAUCGUCUCCCGUCAAAACAAUUGAGCUUGUUGCAGAAUGGCUCUCUAGUCAGGGUUAUAACGAUACUUUAAAAGAACUGACGAACGAAUCGGGCUUCCCUUUUGAACCCAAAAACGAGAUAAACCAUCAGGACAAAAUAUCGUUGGAGAAACUUGUUCAUGAGCACAAUAUGCGUGAGCUUGCAGUCAGCAUGCAGAAACUCAACAACGAAAUAACUUCAUUUGAUGAGUGGAGCAAAGUUGAGCCAGAAAUGCAGUUGCUUAUUCAAUUGCCUGACUCAGAAAAAGUCACUGCUCUGCGAUAUGCAGGAAAGGCUCACGCUUUUAAGAACCCUGUUCUUCUUAUAGCUACCCAGGAACGGAACAUCCGAGUAUUUGAUGUAGUUCAUGGGCUCAUAUUGCAUUGCUUUCAGAAAUUGCCUUCCAUCGUACUAAACAUCUGUCCCGUUGAUGAAGAUACUUUUGUCACAACGAACAUGGAUGGUAAAGUUUAUGUCUUCCAUUACUCAACAGAUGAGUAUGAAGUGCUGGAAAAGAAACACCUGCGAUUUGCAACAAACGUGCGCGUGUGGAAGAACAAGUUCUUAGUAACUACUGGUUUCGAUGGAAACGUUUUCCUCUACCAAAAACUCACAGAGGAUAACGAUACGAGGCUCACACAACAGCCGUUUCAAUUUGUGAAAUCAAUUUCCUUACCCAACCGUAUAGAUUGUAUUGAAUUUCUCGAGCAGCGAGACAGCGAACUUCCGUUUCUACUGGUGAACACGCACGAUUCCCCGUUUGUUGAAACGUAUUCUGUGCCCGAACUCGUUUGCGUACGUCAGACAAACCUCAAUAUAAAUGAGGAUUUGUAUGUUUCGUUCAACAUUAUGGAUGCCCAUAUAUGCCCCACGAAGCCACAAAUCCUUGGAUUGGUUACGGACAACGAACCGUAUGGCCGUUUUCUCGCUGUCUCCAAUGAGACGUACAAGACUAUAGCGGACCACUGGACGAAUUCUCCGCAAACCAAGUUUUCCCAGCCAAGGUUUGUUUGGAGAAGCGAUGCUACAGGCGUUUGGAUGAAUGGUGACGAUACUGUUAUUCGUGGGGUGGAAAGCAAAUCCGGAAGAGAAAUGUGUGUCAUUGAAGGACACACAGCACCAGUUCGCUGUUUGGAAACCGUGAUAAUAAAAGGGAGAGAGCACCUGAUUUCCGGAGCCCAAGACAGCACCGUUCGUAUAUGGAGGCUUACUGCUUAA